AUGUCGUCUCUGUGCAUCCUGGGCUGUGGGAACCUGGGAACAGCUAUCCUGACAAGCCUAAUUGAGGCAUCUGGGAAGGAGGGAGAUUCACUCAAGAUCAACCGGUUCAUUGCCUGUGUCCGGAGUGAGCAGUCUGAGAAGCGACUGCGUGAAAAGUUCACCGGGGUUCCCGAGGGCCGUCUGAGAAUCUCGCGGAAUGACAAUGCGAACGCAGUCAAGGACUCUGACGUGGUUUUGGUGGGAGCAGACCCUGCAGACGUCCGCCAGCUGUUGACACAGUCCGGGCUUGAGAGCAUCUCUCUCAAAGGAAAGCUGUUCAUAAGCAUCGUUGCAGGCUGGACCAGACAGGAGCUCGAGGCUGCACUCCCUGAUGGUGCCACCGCCGGGGAAUCGAGGGCCCAUGUCGUGCGCGCAUUGCCCAACAUCGCGGCUACUGUAGGCCAGUCCAUAACUGCAGUGGAGACGCCCGAUCCGAGCCUGCCUCCUGAGUACCUUGAGAUCACGGACUCAAUAUUCAACCAUACAGGCAAGGCGGUGCACCUGCCCCCGCGACUCCUGGAUGCAUUCACCGCGGUCGGCGGAUCCACGCCAGCAUUCUUCGCCGUGAUUGUCGACGCAUUGAUAGACUCUUCGGUUGCUGUGGGCGUGCCGAGGAAAGAGGCUACAGACAUUAUCGUGCAGUCAAUGCUUGGGACCGCUACCCUCUUGCAGAGCGGAAUCCACCCGAGUAUCCUCAGGGAUCAAGGUACCUCCCCUGAGGGCUGCACGAUUGGGGGUUUAAUGGUGCUCGAGGAAGCAGGGGUUCGAGGUCACGUUGGCCGGGGUCUCCGUGAAGCCGUCACAAUUGCUCGACUUAUGGGGAAGGAUCCUCACGUGAACGACACGAGACAUUAG